AUGGGCAUCAUAUCUUCAAUCUCGACUUCUGUUCGAGGAGAUAUCCCCAGUUCGACCCAAUGGUCACAGCCUCCAGUGCCCACGGCAUCAGAAACGCUCACGGCCGUGGCAACUGUGGCAACAUCAGUUCGCGAUGGCGGAAUAGGUGCAGCAGUGGGAGUUGUCGUUGGAAUACUACUGGGUGCAGCGUCUAUGUGGUAUUACUUUCAAAGACCUGUCCCAGUUACCACUCUCGGCCCGAAUGAUUUCAACCAUGCGAAGAUGAUUGUCGGUGCCGGGGUCCAUGUGCAGCCGCCCAAGCCGAAAGAAAAGCUCACUCGUAACGCUGUACUGGACUUUUAUCAGCUGGAUGGUCCUGAUUGUCUUGUUGGACGCACUAUUCCAAACAAGGUCGGAGAGAUAAGCGCCGGCACCACACGGCACGUCGACUACUACUAUCAUCUCGACAAAGUCUCGAGUCUCCCCGACAAUUUUGACGAGGCUCUUAGCCGUUUUGUUCCAGACGAAAAGGAGGCCGCCACUCUCAAAGCCCUACUAAUCGAUCCAUUCUCUCGUGACCUCGCAAUUUGCCACUUGAUAGCGCGUGCUUUCUGGACAAAUCUUGACGUACAUAGCGUUGGGCCCCUCUCCCUUCUCCCGCCAACGGUCACCGAGUUCAUGACAUCCCUCCCGUUUUCCUAUGAAACCGCAGCACCUGAAGGUAGCCUCUCCCCUCCAAUCUACUCCAAUUUGAACUUCGCUAAUGAACAAUGGGGCUUCUCAGGUCGCCAGGGAUUGAUAGCUUGGAGAACGGUUACUGCAUUCCUCAUGAAACACGAUUAUUUUCUGGCCGGUCCCUUGAAGCCGCCACCGAGCAUCGAACCGCAGAUGAAAAAGCUCGUUGCCGCGAUCAGCGAUGUGUUGGCUCCUUUUGCCAGGGACGAUAUGCCCGAAGACUGCCCCUGUGACUACAUCCACCACCUCGAAACAGGGCUCGGCAAUCGUUACCUCGAACUUGGCUACCAGAUAUUCUCCAAUCCACUUGAAUUCCACUUCGUAUUCGAGCCAGCACCCAGCAUGGAAACCGGACUCGUCACUGCCCCAGGCUUAGCCGUACUCAGCUCUUGGUACGGAGAGCCCCUCGACAGACCAGGGAUGGUCGAUGGGUAUCCUCUAAUUCAAGUGCCAAGGGUGAAAGUGAUUCUUGGGCCGGGCGAUAAUUACGAAGAAAAAAUGAAAGAAGGAGACAGACUCGUUGCAGAGCGCCUCAAGGAGCUUGAGGAGCAGAGGCUAAAAGCAGAACAUGAGGAGCCCCCUGAGGAAGAGGAAACAGGCCUCCAUAACAACUGUCUGGUAUACCGUUGA